AUGGUGGAAACUGUAGACAGGUGGCGCACAGUUGGAGGAAUAGGUCACUGGGAGCAUGCUCUUGGGGACAGUAUCUUGUUCAACAUCACUCCGCCUUUGCCUCCUCCUCCUCCUUCUCUCCUCCCAACCUUUCUCAUUUUGGUUGCCAUGAGCUUAUGGUUUCCUCUGCCAGGCUCUUUUGUCAUGAUUUUCCGCCUCACUUCAGGCCCAGAAAAAAAUGGACCCCAUCAACAAUAUGCUUUUAAAAAUCUAUCUAUAGAAGGCAGUGAAGAAGACAAAUCACAAGCUGGUGUUAAUAAAGCCAGCAAAGGGGGUCUCGUUUAUGGGGACUACCUGCAGUUGGAUAAAGUUUUGAAUGCACAAGAACUUCAAAGUGAAAUAAAAGGAAAUAAAAUCCAUGAUGAACAUCUUUUUAUCAUAACUCAUCAAGCUUAUGAACUCUGGUUUAAGCAAAUCCUUUGGGAGUUAGAUUCUGUUCGAGAGAUCUUUCAGAAUGGCCAUGUCAGGGAUGAAAGGAACAUGCUCAAGGUUGUGACCCGGAUGCACCGAGUGGUGGUCAUCCUCAAGCUCCUGGUGCAGCAGUUUUCUGUCCUGGAAACAAUGACAGCCUUGGACUUCAAUGACUUCAGAGAGUACUUAUCUCCAGCAUCAGGCUUCCAGAGUUUCCAGUUCCGACUAUUAGAAAACAAGAUUGGUGUUCUUCAGAGUAUGAGAGUCCCUUACAAUAGAAGACAUUACCGUGAUAACUUCAAAGGAGAAGACAAUGAACUGCUGCUAAAGUCUGAACAGGAGAAAACACUUCUGAAGCUUGUGGAGGCAUGGCUAGAAAGAACACCUGGUUUAGAGCCACUUGGAUUUAACUUCUGGGGAAAGCUUGAAAAAAAUAUCAUCAAAGGCCUAGAAGAGGAAUUUAUAAAAAUUCAGACUGACAUUCGUGAAAGACGACUGUCAUACAAAGCUCUCCAGGGAGCAUUGAUGAUAUAUUUUUACAGGGAAGAGCCUAGAUUCCAGGUUCCUUUUCAGCUGCUGACAUUCCUUAUGGACAUAGAUAGUCUCAUGACCAAAUGGAGAUAUAACCAUGUGUGCGUGGUGCACAGAAUGCUGGGCAGCAAAGCUGGCACUGGAGGUUCCUCAGGCUAUCAGUACCUGCGCUCCACCGUGAGUGACAGGUACAAGGUGUUUGUGGAUUUAUUUAAUCUUUCAACAUAUCUAGUUCCCCGACACUGGAUACCAAAGAUGAACCCAAUCAUUCAUAAAUUCCUUUACACAGCUGAAUACUGUGACAGCUCUUACUUCAGCAGUGAUGAAUCAGAUUAAAGUCAUCUGAAAUAUCAUUGAAUAAUUUUAUCAGUCUAUAUUUUAUUUUCUAAAUUUUCAUGAGCACGAGGAGUCUUUUUAAUGUAAUAUUUUUGUGUACAUAGUUUUGCAGCAUGGUGUUUUGA